GCCGGGUCGGGGCGUUUCGGCUUCCGCCGCGCGUUCCCCCUGUAGCCCAGCCCGGAGCCUGGACCCCGAGCCUCGCGCAGCCCCGGGCGCGAUGGACCCCGCGCUGGCGGCGCAGACGAGCGAGGCGGUGGCGGAGAAGAUGCUGCGGUACCGGCGAGACGCGUCGGGCUGGAAGACAUGCCGGGAAGGCGACGGAGUUACAGUUUCCUGGAGGCCAUCCGUGCAGUUCCCAGGGAACUUGUACCGCGGGGACGGCGUGGUGGACGCGGCCCCGCGGGACGUGUGGGCCUUUGUGAAGCCGCUGCCGGGGAGCCUGCGGGAGACGUGGGACGAGAACGUGAGCAGCUUUGAAGUCAUCGAGAGCAUCACCGACAACCUGUGCGUCACCAGGACCGCCACGCCCUCAGCCGCCAUGAAGCUCAUCUCUCCGAGGGACUUCGUGGACCUGGCGCUGGCCACGGAGCUGGAGGACGGGACCCUCAUCUCCAGCGCUGCCAACGUGGAGCACCCGCUGUGCCCCCCAAGGCCGGGCUACGUGAGGGGACGGAACCACCCCUGUGGCUGCUUCUGCGAACCUGUGCCAGGGCCAGGGCCAGGCUGUGAGAUGACCCUGGGCUCGUGGUGUUUGAGAUCAGGCAGUGAGGCUCCUCCAGCUCUGUUCUUCUUUCUCAAGAUCGCUGUGGCUCUUCGGGCCCUUUUGUGGUUCCUAUAAAUUUUUUUUGGAGUAUUUGUUCCAAUUCGGUGAAAUAUGCUGUUGGUUAUCUUGAUAGGAACCGUGUUGAAUCUGUAGAUUGCUUUGGAUCGUGUGGACGUUUUAAUGAUGCUAAUUCUUCCCAUCCAUGAACAUGGUAUGCACUUCCCAUCCAUGAACAUGGUAUGCACUUCCCAUCCAUGAACAUGGUAUACACUUCCAACCCAUGAACAUGGUAUACAGUUCCCACCCAUGAACAUGGUAUACACUUCCCAUCCAUGAACAUGGUAUGCACUUCCAACCCAUGAACAUGGUAUACAGUUCCCAUCCAUGAACAUGGUAGGCACUUCCCACCCAUGAACAUGGUAUGCACUUCCCACCCAUGAACAUGGUAUGCACUUUCCAUCCAUGAACAUGGUAUGCACUUCCCAUCCAUGAACAUGGUAUGCACUUCCCAUCCAUGAACAUGGUAUGCACUUCCCAUCCAUGAACAUGGUAUGCACUUCCAUUUAUUUGUAUCUUCUUCAAUAUCUCACAGUUUCCCGAGUCCAGGUCUUUACCUCUCUGGUUAAGUUUAUUAGCAGGUAUUUUAUUCUUUUUGAUGCUGGUGUAAAUGUGACUGUUUUCUUCGUUGGUUAUUGGUGCGUAAAAAAAACAUUAUACUCGUAAAUUUUUUUCAGGGCUUUAGAGUUUUUUGUCCAUGUAGAUCAAGCAUGUCAAACUUGCAGCCAGCGGGCCGCACCCACGAGUUUGACAUGCUUGAUGUAGAUUAUAACCAUCAGUAUUUACUGUGUUUGGAGGUAAAAAUGGGAAAUUUUUAGAAUGUUUUAAAGUAACAAAUUACAUAUUAACAAAUGUUUUUAUGAAAAAUCACAAUAUUUUUCCAAACAACCACCAAAAACAGUGAAAGGAGUGGUAGUGUUUCACAUUUGCCUGUCUCUGCAAUGCCGGGCAUCAGGGAAGCCCAUGUCUGCUCCUGCGCCCGGGGUGUUGUGAUGCCAACUGCCCAUCCUGUGGCCUGGAGCACACGCUACCCUCGUGGGUGAAUGAGAGUGAAAAUGGUUUUGACCUUCAGAUGCCCUUGAAAGGGUGUCAGGAGCCCCCAGGUCCCCCAGACAGAGUGCGUGCCCUGUGUCCAGAGCAGGGGGUGAAGGACCUUCUGGCUGGGGGUGGGCCGCUCCGUGUGGCCACUGGUGUGACCCUAGCCUAGAACCUGCCCCGACCGCAGCGCCCCCUGCGCACAGCAGGUCCAGGGCCCAGGGCGGUGCCAUCGCCGUCCGGCCACGCCAGGGCGGCUCCCUGCCUGCCCCACCUGCGGGCGCCUCAGCGGACGCCUCACCCAGCUGUGCUGUCGCC